GGAAGGGGGCGCGGCCUUGGGGGCGGGGCUCGGUUAGGACACACCCUCGCUCCGCCUCCGCCCGCACCGGCGGCUCAACUCCGGGCUCGAGCUCCGUCGUCCCCGCCGCCGCCGGGCUCCGCCUCAGCUGCGCCCGGAGAUAAUAAGAGGCGAAUCGCGUAUCCUUUCGGCAACCUUCUGUUAAACUUGGAAUACCACAGUUCAAGCAAUUGAACAGAUGGAUAAUGGAGACUGGGGAUAUAUGAUGACUGAUCCAGUCACGCUAAAUGUGGGUGGACACAUGUACACGACAUCCCUCACAACUCUAACGAGAUAUCCUGACUCAAUGCUUGGGGCCAUGUUCAGGGGAGACUUCCCCACUGCCAGGGACUCUCAGGGCAAUUACUUUAUUGACAGAGAUGGACCACUUUUCCGUUAUGUUCUUAACUUUUUAAGGACCUCAGAGCUCACUUUGCCACUGGACUUCAAGGAGUUCGACCUACUUCGGAAGGAAGCGGACUUCUAUCAGAUUGAACCGCUAAUUCAAUGUCUUAAUGACCCCAAGCCGCUGUAUCCCGUGGAUACCUUUGAGGAGGUGGUGGAGCUGUCCAGCACCCGGAAGCUUUCCAAGUACUCCAAUCCGGUGGCUGUAAUCAUCACGCAGCUCACUAUCACGACAAAAGUCCAUUCGUUACUGGAGGGUAUUUCAAACCACUUCACAAAGUGGAAUAAGCAUAUGAUGGACACCAGGGACUGCCAGGUUUCCUUCACUUUUGGGCCAUGUGAUUACCACCAGGAAGUAUCGCUCAGAGUCCAUCUGAUGGAGUACAUCACAAAGCAGGGCUUCACGAUCAGGAAUACCAGAGUUCAUCAUAUGAGCGAGCGUGCCAAUGAAAACACAGUGGAGCAUAACUGGACUUUCUGUAGACUGGCACGGAAAACAGAUGACUGAUUCUGACUCCGCAGGAGCUACUUCAGUGAUUAGCAACUUAAUUGGACAGUAAACCCAAGAGAGUCUGGAUUUUGACUAAAGCAACAAUGUGGGCUUUUUUUAUACGACUAUUUAUUGUUUAUCAGUAAGGACUGGAGGAGUUUCGUUCUCUAGCAGCUCUGUCCUUUUGUCCUGUUCAGAAAAAAAACCAUGCAUGUGCCUGUUCAGUCAAGACACCUUUUUGUUUGAAAGAGGGAGUCCGAAGAAUUAGUACAAUAGGGUAUUUUGUGUCAUUAACACAAUUCUCUGAUGCAACUUAAAGUGCUAAAAUUACCUCCGUUUAAAUGGUUUCUAAUCCAUCUAAUGCUACGACACUGGGAGCAAGAAACAAAAAGAAUUUAAAACGCAGUUGGGAAAAAGCUGCUAUCAUGUAGACUAAUUUAGUUUCUAAAUCAAUAAACACUAUUGUAAUAUUCUAGGAAAACAAAUCCCACCCUUUAAAAGUACUUGAUAAGUACAGUUUCUUACAGUUAUGACAACUGUUUCUUUCUAUGCAUAUAAAUCAAGCAACCAAAUAUUAUCUGUAGCCAUGGAAAUAUGAUUAGAAAUAUUUAUAUUGGAUUCUAAAUGCAAAAUGUCCCUGUGGUAGAAUUCAUAUUUUUAAUGCCUGGUGCAAUAUUAUUCCCAAGUGUAAUGCCUGCCAGCAAGAAGCUAAUAAA